AUGGCCCAAUGCCUUGCAACACUGCCGUUGAAAGAACCUUUCAGUGCUGAUACCAGAUCGACGACCCAAGCAGCCGACCUUUGGAUACCCACAGUCAUCAUUGUCGUCGUCACAGCGAUGGUCAUCCUUGCGAUUUUACUCUUGUACAUGCUGCUGCAACUUGCGCGACUCCAUAGAUGCAUGAAUGACACUCAGUCCCUGCUGGCCGAUUUUCGACUACCAGUCCUCAUGCAAGAGCCUACACUGUUUCCUGAAAGUGUCCGAAUUGAGGUGGAGAAAGCUCACAAGGCCCUAUGGAAACAAUUGCGGGACACACAAGCCAUGAUCCUUCGCAUGCAGGCCUUAAUGGAGCACAAGCUUGAUAAGUAUGAGCGAACGGUAAGAAAGCUGAUAGCUGCCAUGCAUGACCUGGAGCCAAUUACGGAGAGACUACAGACCUCAGUCAACUCUGUCUUCGAUGUGCUUGAGGACAUCUUUCAAGAAGAGGAGCGAGUCUUCUCGAAUCACACGGCGCAGUUGAUUGCAGCGGUGGAUAGACUCAAGUACAUAGUUCACCAACUACUUGACAGAAGUGAGAGACGCUUCAAUACCGCCCAAGUACUCAGACAAGAUGUUCAAAAGGCACUGGUGGCAGUACUCAACCAGAAUCAUCGAAUCCUCAUGUCCCUCGACGUGAUCCCGUGCGAAGUUGAAGCUCGACUACACCAACCUUUGCUUCGACAACUACGUGAUCUACUUGUUGAGACGACAGAUCCACUAUACCAUUGCCUCCAGCAGAUGCAAGACCUCCAGCAGAUGCAAGAACAAGGUCGAAGGCGAACACGCCCUGAUCCUGCGGUACCUCCCCCAACAGCACACGAACCAUCGUUGACCGAGGCACCGGAAGCACACUGGGUCACCCUAGAUGAUGGCUCAACGCUCCCAGUACAGCCGGAGGCAUGA